AGUGGGUAAAUUUGAAAUGAAACGUGCCUGUCUAACUUGAAUACACACUUCCAGGAGCUGAGUUUGAGAUGAUCCGAACAAAAGAAUAACACACUUGCUCAUCCAGUGCCAAAAGAGAGGUCAAAACAUUUGGCUGUGAAAAAGUUUAGGUGUUUUGUCUGCCUUAUUUCAUUACUCAGAGUGGUGGACUCAGCAAGCGAAGAUGGACACUGCUGUGAUGAACCUACACAGCCUGUUUGGCAAUCUGCGGUCUCAUGUAGACAUACUCAAUGAGAGCAUUGAGCCCCAGUUCAUCCAGAUGGCCCUCAACUUUGAGGACUGCCGUCGUAGAUGGCUCAGGCUUGAGCGGGACCUGGGGUCCUGUAAGGAAGUGCUUUCCAAGGCAGAAACGGAGAGGGGAGCCCUGGAAGUCAAACUCAAGCAUGCUCGAAAUCAAGUCGACGUGGAGAUUCGCCGCCGCCAGAAGGCAGAAGCUGACUGUGAUAAGUUGGACCGCCAGAUCCAGCUGAUUCGGGAGCUUCUGAUCACUGAGGGCUCCAGCAAUAGCAUCCAGCUGAAUGAAGAGCAGCGUUCUGCUCUGGCCUUCCUUAACGCUCGUUCUCAGGCGGCACCAGCCAACCUUAACACCAGCCGAAGAUUGAAGACCAUAGAUGAGUCUGCCUCUAUUUCAUCAGACAUCAGCUAUGAUAAAACGGAUGACUCUCUGGACUGGGACUCAUCCAUCGUGAGAACUGUGCGACUGAAGAAACGUGAAAAGAGGCGUUCUGCCUCAAGAAAUUUUGUUGAUGGUCCCCCAUGUGCUUCCAAAAGGUCUCGAUCAACAGGCAGAACUUCUGAGAAGGGAAAUGAGUCUCUUGUGGCCAAGACUACAGUGACCGUGCCUGCUAACGGAGGUCCCAUCGAAGCUGUUUCUACUAUUGAGUCUGUUCCCUACUGGACUCGGAGCAGGAGAAAGACUGCUACACAGGAGUGGGACUCAGAGUCGGUAAAAUCUGAGGAUGUCAUGUUCAAACAGCCCAGCAGGCCUCAGGAACCCAGCACGCCCCAGGGUAACGGAGGUGUCCGUCUGCACGAGUUUGUCUCCAAAACGGUAAUCAAGCCAGAGUCAUGUGUACCUUGUGGCAAGAGGAUCAAGUUCGGAAAGAUCUCCUUGAAGUGUCGUGACUGCAGAGUGGUCACCCACCCAGAGUGUCGUGAACGCUGUCCCCUGCCAUGCAUCCCCAGCCUGAGUGGCACUCCUGUCAAAAUCGGACAGGGUACGCUUACAGACUACGUCUCUCAUGUCCAAUCUCCCAUGAUUCCCUCUUUGGUGGUGCACUGCGUCAAUGAGAUUGAGCAGAGGGGCCUACAUGAGACCGGCCUCUAUCGGCUGUCCGGUUCAGACCGCACGGUCAAGGAACUGAAGGAGAAGUUCCUGCGUGGGAAGACUGUCCCACUGCUCAGCAAGGUGGAUGAUAUCAACUGCGUCACUGGGCUCCUCAAAGACUUCCUCAGGAACCUCAAAGAGCCCCUCCUCACCUUCCGCCUCAACCGCACCUUCAUGGAGGUUGCAGAGCUUGCGGAUGAGGAUAACAGCAUUGCCCUGAUGUACCAGACAAUCAGUGACCUGCCACAGGCUAACAGGGACACCCUGGCCUUCUUGGCCAUUCAUCUUCAGAGGGUUGCACAAAGCCUGGACACUAAGAUGGACAUCACCAACCUGGCUCGGGUGUUUGGGCCAACUAUCGUUGGCCAUGCAGUGCCUGACCCAGAGCCCAUGACAAUCCUGCAGGACACCAAACGCCAGCCCAAGGUUAUUGAGCGCCUGCUGGGCCUGCCGGUGGAGUACUGGAGCCAGUUCAUGAUGGUGGACCAUGACCAGCCGCACCCUGAUCAUAUGAUUAUCGAGAACAAUAACUGUUAUACCCCUGACCACAAAGUGAGCAUGCUGGGUCCUCUCACCACUCCAGAGCACCACCAGAUGAACAAAACCCCAUCCUCCAGCUCUCUGGGUCAACGCAUGAAGUCCACCCUGAGCAAGACUACACCCAAAUUUGGGAGUAAGAGCAAGUCUGUCGUGGGAGUGGGAUUCGCCAGUCGCCAAGGAAACUUUUUUGCAUCGCCGCUCCUCAAGUAAUCCAAAGCCGCUGCAGAGCAGCUUUCUGUUCAAUACCUAGCAAUAGAUAGGUUUUUACUUGUUUUAUUUUAUACAAUUUUACACUGCUUCCACAGAUGUUUUAUAUUUUUAAAUGGUAGGAUUUGUGUUGUUUUUUUUUUACAUGUGUGCAAAAAAUAUAUUUUUCCAGUCAAAAGGGAGGGUCUCUUUGGAGCUCAGUUUUUUUUAAAGUUGGCUCUGAAUCAAGAUGCUUUCCAUUGAUUUCUCAUCACCUCUGGCAAUGACAUGUAUUAGGUUUGUAGAUCCAAUUUAAGGUUUUUCUUCAGUAUCCUCCUGUGAUUUAUUUACAAAGAAACAUUUGAACAUUGGUUGAGAAUGUUCGUGUCUGAAUUUAGGCUGGUGAUAAAAGGUUGAUCUAUUAUGAAUAUCUAACAUGCAAUUUGCUCAUCACCAGUUAGAAAACAACUUUGCAUAGAGCUUUUUAUGACGGGCUUGAACGGAUUUACUGCGGGUGGCAUUAUAUUUCAGUUUUUUUCCUGUAUUUGUAUAAUCACUUUUGAAAGGUCUACAUGCUUUAGCAGUUUGAUCGUACAUGUUUAACUCCAUUUGUCUUUUACAUACUCAAGACUAGCCACAGUAUGGCAAUACUAAUAUGAUGCAGCGUAUUUAGUCUGCAGUGUUCUUUAGCUAAAAUUAAUUAACAGAGAUAACCAAGUAGCUGUAUGCUUGGUGAGUCCAGUACAUUUUGCCAUUGAUUUAUUCAACUUGAUUAUACGUUUUGUAGGGGGAGGAAUAUUCACCUUUUACUUUUUUUUUUUUUUAAAUGUUACCUUUUUAUUUAACUAGGCAAGUCAGUUAAGAACAAAUUAUUAUCUUAUUUACAAUGACGGCCUACACCGGCCAAACCUGGACGACACUGGGCCAAUUGUGUGCCGCCCUAUGGGACUCCCAAUCACGGCCGGUUCUGAUACAACCUAACUUAGGUUUAACAUUUCACCUGUUUCCUUUUCUGAGCAUUCUAUAAUAUAGCUUAUACUCCUUGUAGUCCUCGUACUUUGAUUACUUCAGUUUUGCACACUCUUCAUGACCAUCUUUGUUUGCACAAUGGAAGGUUGCUUCUGGCUAUAAUGUUCUGUGCCCCUAGCGGCCUAGAAUGCUGCAUUCCGUAACUGAGAAUGUGUGUAGAAAUAGUGGCAUUUCAACAAGAAUGUAACAUUUCCUUUGAUCAAGGGUUUUUCUGGUCAAUUUGUUUUGUACAAGUACAUGCUGUAUGAUCUGUGAUUUGUAAAAACAGUAUACGGUACAUUUAAA